UGUGGGGUGUAAACUGUAUGAGAUGGGAGGACACUUUGCUGGUGAGCCCCACCCUCUCCUGUUGCACAGACUGCUAGCAGAGAGAGCAGCAAACACACCUGGACAACACAAACCUGUGGGAUAUUCACAUUUGAACACAUAUGCAAAAAGAGAAAGGUUCUCCUGAAGUCCCUUCUCCCCUGCGUCUCCAGAGGGCCUCUCCCAUGAUGAAGCUGACCGGUGCUAUUCUACUUCUCUCGUUGGUGUCGCUAGUCCACGGUGCCUGCUCUCUCAAUGGGAGGAACAGAGGAGACCUCUAUGACUGCCCAGCGGAUGUGUACAUUGUUCUGGACACCUCAGAGAGUGUGGCACUGAGGGCCAAGCCCUACGGCUCCUUUGUUAAUCAGAUCAAGCAGUUUGCCCAGGACUUUGUGGACCAGCUCAAUACUAGAUACUACCGCUGUGAGCGUAACCUGACGUGGAGUGUGGGAGUGCUGCACUACAGUGAUGAGGUAAAGGUGAUGAGGGAGCUGACCAGCACCAAGGAGGCCCAAGGAAGAGAUCAGCUGAAGAGCGCUAUAGAGGACAUUCGCUACAUCGGCAAGGGAACCCACACCGACUGUGCCAUCUCCGUAGCAACUGGGCAGCUGAUGACAGGCUCUCCUCUCCAUGGCAACAAGUACAUGGUGGUGGUGACAGACGGCCACCCGCUGGACGGCUAUAAGGAGCCGUGUGGCGGGGUGGCACACGCCGUGUCUGAGGCCAGAGCCAUGAACAUUAACAUCUUCAGCGUGGCUAUCACUCCACAUCACCUGGACAACAGACUUGGUUCCAUAGCAACAAAUGUACAACACACACAUAACAUGUCUGCUACUAGUAAGGACCUGCAGGUUGUUAGGAACACCAUCAGCUCCAUAGUGUCUACCAUGUACAAGGAUUCUGAAUCUGUGUGCUGUUCGUUCGAGUGCAAGGCUCCCCUGGGAUCUCAAGGCCCUGCUGGUGCCGGAGGGGGCGCGGGAACUCCAGGACGUCAGGGGGUUGCCGGGAGACCGGGAAGUUUGGGAGCAAAGGGGACUGCAGGUGACCAGGGGCCCCAAGGACACAGAGGGGAGAAGGGUGACCGUGGUCCUACUGGUGACAGAGGUCCAAGAGGACCAUCUGGACAAAAGGGUGAGAAAGGAGCGGAUGGAGUGGACGGGAAGGAUGGCCUUGUGGGGGACUCUGGGGUUAUAGGCCUGCCUGGUUGUAAAGGAGACGAGGGGGCAGAGGGGGAGCCAGGUCCUCUGGGGCAGAAAGGAGAUGAAGGAUCUUAUGGAUUACCUGGACAAAAGGGAGAGAUGGGAACACCUGGGGAGCCAGGGGUUCCUGGAGUGUCUGGAGCCAACGGAGCCAAGGGGGAGCCUGGACCAAUCGGAGGACCUGGAAAUAAGGGUGACCAAGGAGACGAAGGGGACUUUGGACCGUCUGGAGCGCCAGGCACAGAGGGUGUAGGGGGAGAGAGGGGACUAAGAGGUGCUCCAGGAAUAAGAGGUGGUCAAGGGGAGACGGGUGACACAGGCUCUGCUGGAGCACAGGGUCAUGAAGGUCAGGCUGGAGACGUGGGUUCACAGGGUCUGAGUGGAGUGUCUGGGCUCAAAGGGUACAGAGGAGAGCCGGGACCUUACGGGCCUGCGGGUGUUAAGGGCCCCAGGGGGCCUCCAGGAGCACCAGGAGAUGCAGGGCCCAUUGGGAAAAGGGGUGAUGCUGGAACACAGGGAGAAGGCCAACCUGGAUAUCCAGGGUUCCAGGGAUACCCUGGUCUGAGAGGACCUGCAGGUUUAAAG